AGGUUAGGGGAUCCACUUACAAAAUCCCAAAUUAUUGUUGCUGAGUUGUUGUCGAAAGUCUGUGAAUUGGAGUGCCGGAGAAUGGUUGACGUCAUCCUGAGAUUUUAGUCUCCUCCUAGUGACAAACCGUGCCAUAACCUCCAACCCGGCGACUGGGUCUGUGUCAGGGAGUUCCGACGGAAAAACGCCCUGAAACCUCGCUGGUCUAAACCUCAACACGUCCUGCUCACCACCAACACCGCCGUCAAGUGUGAGGGGCGUCUAAUCUGGAUCCACGCAUCCCACUGCAAGAAAACAACUCCUCCGCCAUGCACCGGAAACCAGCUGGUACCAUCUUCUUCCUGGGGGUCUUCGUCCUCACCACCGUCGGAGCCAGUGAAAGAAACCACGCAGGCUCGGACAGCCCAGAAGUAGAUGAACUUCAACACCCCAGACUUCGACGACUGGCAGAGGAGCAGGGGAGCAGCGCAGGCCACAGAGGCCCAGAAGCAGAUGCAUUAUACACGCCAAAACACUCACAUCUGUCGCAGGAACAAAACAGACACCCUUGCAAACACCACAAACGAGACCUAACCGUUUACCAGGAGAAAAUAACUCCUAAAAUAUAUGAAACACAACCCUCAACAAACACAUACCUCCAACUGGCAAAAAUGGUUGCUGAAAAUAGCCCACACCCUGAUAACUGUUAUGUGUGUGGGUUCAUUCCACACAGCACAAAAGAAGGACUCCCAUUAAUGACUCUGCCCAUUACUUCAUGUGACACCUGUUACAUUUUGAACCUCAAUUCCUCUUAUGGGCAUUGCAAAUGUCACAAACCCCCCCAAAUGAGACAAAUGUAUUGUGAUAAAAUUCACACUAGCUGUUAUUCCUGCAGCACACCGAUUCCUCUCACCCUCACCAUGAUCCCAAAGACAUUAAAGUGGUGUGUUGAAGGCAAAGGAACUAUCCACCUAGGAAUAUCAAACUGUGACUCCACAUACUCUCCUUCUGAAGAACCGCUUGUUAAGCCUAAAACAAGCCAAAAUCCACUGCCCGAUUCCAUUAAAGAUUAUAACUACCUUGCUACAAUGGUUAAUCGCUGUUCCAUACCUCUACCAAAAGGUGUUUACUGGAUUUGUGGCAUGAAGGCUUACGAAUAUCUUCCAAACGAUUGGUCUGGUAUAUGUGGUCUGGGCCAUGUGGUACCAGCCAUGAGAAUCGUCGCUGUACCACCGAAAGUUCGCAUUGUUAAAAGAGAAUUGUACACUCACACCCAAACACCAUGGACAAGAUUUUUUGGUGCCCUCGUUCCAAAUUACGGAGUCAUGGCAGCUUUGGAUCAGAUAAGGGACCUAUCUCAUGCAGUUGAAGACUUAGCAAAUACCACAGCAAAGGGCAUGUCUAUGCUUUCACAAGAGAUGACUGCUGUAAGGAUGAUGGCCUUGCAAAAUCGUGCUGCAUUGGACUACUUAUUAGCUUCUCAAGGGGGAACUUGUGCUGUGAUUAAAACUGAAUGCUGUACCUUUAUACCUAACCACAAUGCCACCAUCCAAGAAAUAACAGAUCACUUGAAAAACAUUGCUAACACAUUACAUACACCUGUCACGACUAGUUUGUUUGGUUGGUUUAGAGAACAGUUAGGACACGUUGGUUACUUGAUAUUUGAAUUUGCUUUAUUGGGGUUUGUACUCCUAAUUGUUAUUUGGCUUCUGAUUACAUGUCUAAGGUUCACUUGCAAAAUAUGUAUGGCUCAAACUACUACUACAAUCAUGUACUCCACUGUAAUUCCACCUCUACCGUCAGUGGAGGAGGAAAAUUCAGACUUUCUGUUCAAAAUUGGGAUUGACUGUACUUAAGUGAAAAAAAAAAAAAAAAAAAAAAAAAAAAAAAA